AUGACAAACAGCUUCAAAAGUGUAUCUGAAAUCCCAGUUCCUGACAAUUUAUCUGAUCUCGAGCGGAUUGAAUUUAAUGCUUAUAAGCAAGCACUAGUCGAAUUAGAGCAAGAAUGGCUUCAACUCAAGAAUGGAGAAAAUCCUGAUCAAAAAGCUUGCCAAACUUAUAUAAAUGACAUAAAAACCAAGAGAAUACAACAAGCACAAGAUAGGUUAAACCUUAGAAAGGAAAUAAUCGAAAAACAAGCAGCAAAAGAAAAAGAAAGAAUCUUACAACAGCAAGAAGAUUACAAGAAGCUUCUUUUCGAAAGAAUUAUUAAGUCGUACCACCAGUCUUAUAAUACAGUUACCUCUCAACUCAAAGAAUUAAUGGAUAAAGAUUACGGACAGUUCAUAGCCCAAAACGGAAUUACUUUUCCGGAUAUCCAUAACGAACAACAGGUCCGCACACGUAUGUCACAGCCAGAAGAACCAAAAAUUCGCUUAUCUUCAGCUGAAAGUGAACAAGACGUCCGCUUAAUACAGCAAAUACUACAAAAUGCAGGACAAUAA